UCUUCUCUUUCUCCUCUCUGCAACACCAUCUCCCUGCCACCACCUUCACCCUCUGCCACCGUCACCUCCAUGUCCCCUCGCCUCCACAGCCACUCUACAUCACCAGACAACAAACCCAUCACCACCCCCAACUCAUCUCAUCUUAUCUAUCAAUCGUUUUUAUCGAUUUCCCCUACUCACUGUUAGGGUUUUUGAAAUCGGUGAGAUGAGUUGAUGGAUAUGGCAGAGGAGACAGGAACAGGAGCAUCAGUCGACAAGGAAACCUCAAGGACGUCAUCCUCAGAGUCUGUAGUACACUUUCGCUUGGAUGUCUGCUCAUUACCAGAGUCCAGUUCAAUCUUGAUAGUGGAAGCAAGUACCUGGCCACGGAUUUGUCACAGUGAAGCUGGGAAUAUUGAGCUUUCUCCUGUUGAAUUUUGUCAGGGUGAUGUGGAAAUCCAUAAACUUGCCAAUAAUUUUCUCGAAGCCGGUGACAACUGCAGCAAGAGCCCUUCCAUGCAACGUGUAUGGGUGUCAGUCUUGGUUAGUUUAUUUGUUUACUUUGAAAAAGCGGGGGUCUAACAACCACACCCGAUAUUUCGCUUAGAAAUUUUUAUGUAAAAACUCCAAUAUACUUUUAAGAGAAUCAAGUAGACAUUCAGACUCGGGAAA